AUGGCUGAUACAUUCAGCAAAGAGGAAGACGGGCAGCCUGCGCAGGAAGUAAAGAUGUCGGGAGGAAUCUUCUCCAGCUCGGGGAACCUGUGUGAGGUGAAUAGUGCCAAUGUCCACCCCCUGGUGUGCCACCUGUGCCACGAGCAGUACAAGUCUCCGUGUUUAUUGGACUGCUACCACAUCUUCUGCGCCCGCUGCCUGCGAGACCGGACCAAUGACAGCCGCCUCAGCUGCCCCCUCUGCGGAUACCAGUCAAUAGUUAAAGGAAAUAAUGCCCUUCCACCAGAGGAUCGUCUUCUAAAUUUCCUGGUUGACAACAACACAGAUGCUGAAGAGACAGUUCAAUGUGCGAACUGUGACCAGGAAAGUACUACAAAGGACACAGAGAUAAUGUACUACUGUAACACUUGCAAUCAGCCGCUCUGCGCAGCCUGCAGAGACCUCACGCACAAGGCCAGAAUGUUUUCUCACCAUGACAUUGUAUCGCUUGCCAAGCGUACCAAAGCCAAGCACAGGAAAUGCACUCUCCAUGAUGAGACCUACAUCCUUUUCUCAACAGAUAAUAAGUCUAUGCUUUGCAUCAAAUGUUUCAGAGACAUGAAAGUAGAGAGUCGGGCUCACUGCAUUGAUAUUGAAACAGCCUAUGCACAGGGGUGUGACAUGUUAGACCAGGCAGUGCUGGUGGUGAAGGAGCUGCAGACUUCAACUGGAGAAGCAAUCCACCUGCUGAGAGCCAUGAUCGGAGAAGUGGGUUUCAAUGUGGAGGAAGAAGAAAAUGCAAUCUGUAGCCUUUUCAACAGUUUACAGGAAAGACUAGCAGAGAGGAAGAAAAUUCUGCUGAAAGCUGCGCAGAGUCAACAUGAGGAGAAAGAGAAAGCGUUGAAGGAGCAACUUUCACACCUUACCGCCCUCCUACCAACUCUACAGGUCCACCUUGUCACCUGCUCAGCCUUCCUUGGCUCCGCCAACAAGUAUGAGUUUUUGGACAUGGGCCAUCAACUCAUGGAGCGACUGAAGAGGAUUGUCAAGCUUCCUCACCGACUGCGACCAGUACAGAGCAGCAAGAUCAACACAGAGUACAGAAGCGAGUUUGCUCGUUGUCUCGAGCCUCUGCUCCAAAUCGGCACGCGCCAACCUCCCUCCGUCCCCGGCUCCUCAGGUGUUUCAACAAGGCUCCAGUCCCCUCUCUCGGUAACCUGCCGCUCCCCGUCUCUCAGUGAGAUGCCCCUGGGCUCAGCCUUUGGGCGUAGGCCCACGUCCCAUCGCAACAUCUCCACCAAGGUCCUCCUGGCCGAAGGCAGAGAAACGCCCUUCACCGAGCACUGCCGCAACUACGAGAACACCUACAGUGAGCUUCACCGAGAUCUGACCAAACACCAUUCCAUCAUCAACACAGACAAAAUGGGAGAGAUCCUCGACAGAUCGCUGCACGUUGACAGUCAGAUAACUGCUCAAUACUCCACUGUGGAAACUAUGAGAGUCAUGUUUGAAGAGAUUUGGGACGAGACAUUUCAGAGGGUCACCAAUGAGCAGGAAAUCUAUGAAGCCCAGCUCCAUGACCUCAUGCAGCUGAAGCAGGAGAACUCGUAUCUGACCACCAUCACCAGACAGAUCAGCCCCUACAUCCUGUCCAUUGCUAAGGUCAAGGAGAGGCUUGAGCCCAGGUUUCAGGAGCCUAAAGAGCACCUUGACGACCGCACAGAAACUAUGUUGAAAAUCUAUGAGGACAGCACAGUGGCAAAGGAUUGUCAAAGCAGCGAGACCCAGAGUUGUACCAAAGACCAAGACAGAGACAAGAGCAGUCGGCCGCUGAUGCUGGAAUCCAGGGAGAGCUCUGUCAAGACUAAUCGCGCGGGCAGGCAGAGGGGCCCCGUGGACGCGUCCAGCAGCAGCGAAAUCCCCUCAUAAACAACAUGUCGCUUGAUUUCCUGACCCCUUCCCCGCUGCAGUGGAACCGUGUGCCUCAAUUCAGCCAUAACAAGCCCAGCGUGCAGUGUGGCUUCCCUUGGCUGUCCGCGUAAAGUGAAAUACAUGACAUUUUCUCAGCUGCAGGGAGCUGUCAACAGCUCCAAGGUGAGCCCUUGGGGUGACACUAACUGGAUGUACAUGAAAGGCCAAAGACACACAGCUGUCAGAGCGUGAUGCCGAACCACUCCGUAUUCAGAGAAUACUGCUUUGGUGUCAUUCAAAAAGUCCCGGACAGCCUUAAUUAGAGAGAAUAGUGGGUAUUAUCUGAUUUGCGUUGUCUUUAGUAGCUCCGUUUGUUCAGCUAAGAUGAGAAUUUGAACUAUCCUUCUCGCGUGCUUUUGCGUGUUUGUGUCGCUGUGUGUUUGGGGUUGGUUUUUUCCACUAUCUCUCCUUUGCAUUAAACAUUUUCUCCGGAUGCGGCGGACGGAUGGCGGCCCGGGUCUGAUGCCCCAGAAGAUUGCCGAACCGGUGUGACAGCACAUAUGGGACACGGCAAACGAAAUGAUGUGCGCGCGGACGUGUGUGUCGGCGGGGGUCACGUGGUGUUGGCACCUUGUCUCCUGUGUUAUGUCUUGCAUGGGUGUCCUCAAAAAAUUGGGCAGGGCUGGGGUCUGCAGUUAUUUUUCCCCUGCAGUUUCUCCAUAAAUUUACAGAAGGUUAAAAAAAAGAUGUGUGUGAGUGUUGUGGUUCUUUUGAGUGUUGG